CGCCGCCAAGGGCGCCCUGGGCCAGCCGGCGGCCCCCAAGCGCAGGCCCGGGGGCUUCGUCUUCAAGAAGACCGAGGCGGCGCUCGGAGGAGGUGCUCCCGGCAGCGGUCGACGCGCGUCGCCCGGCCCGCAGUUCCUGCCCGCGGACGACCUGGAGGAUUUCGUGCCCCAGAAGCCCCGGAGAGGCGCCAGCCAGACCCCGCCGGCCGCCAGCUCCUCCGAGGCCCUGAGCGGGCGGGCCUCCUCCCUGGACGCCGCCUGUCAGCGCCCCGCGGGGCGUCGAGAGGGGCGGCGCGGCGAAGCUGCGGGAGCACAGAAUGGUUUUGGCUCCAGUGGAGGCAAGGAACCGGAUGAAGAACUGGAUGAUGAAGUAGUGUGCAUUGAGCUUGAUGAUGAUGAUGAUGAAGAAGACAUCAUCCCUCCAUCCCCAGUGAAAGAAAUUCCUUCUUUCUCAUCUGCUUUAAAAAAUGAUCGAGAAUCUCUUGAGAAAACAGCUGAAGGCAUGAAAAACAGCUCACCAGACUCUGGUUUUGAAAGCUGCUGUUCCAUUGAAAGGCAGGAAGAUAUGUUCUCGCCAUCUGAGAAUAUUCUGUAUCGCUUGAUGGAAGGAAUCUGUGACCUGGUGGAUUCCAUCCCAGAAAGGGAGCUAAAAUUUCUGACUUGUGGGAAGGAGCUUCUUCAGAAGAGAGACUGCAGAAGAAAACUAUUAAAUACUGAAAACAGUGGAAAGAACACCAAUAUCUCUCCAGCCAUAAAACACCAAACAUCUUUGCGAUAUGACAGCUCUCGGUACGAUGAUGUGACUCUUCAUCUGAGAAAUGAUUACGCCGUUGCCCCCCGAAUAAGCUCUGUCUGUGAUGGUAAACUUUUCUCCAGAUCACCGCUUGCUGUUGAGUACCCACGCAAAUAUCAUUCAACUCCCUUGACGGCGACAACUCAAGACCCGGAUGAGGCUGAAAUAUUAAGUUUUUCAGAGAGUUCUGUUUUGAACAGUGACGUCUCAGGAAAUGCAGAAAUUUCUUUUCCUAGGAGGGGUGUCCAGGAACAAACGUCGCUCAGGGAUGAGAGAGACGAACGCUGGCUGAGUUCCAAAAUUAAUCUUGAUGCUUUAAGGGGCCAAAACAAACCCUACUUGGCUAAAAGCAGCUUUGGAAGUAGGAGGAGCUCAGUAACUGCAGACCUGGAUUUUGAUGUUGAUGAUUUUGAUGACUUGGGUGAUGAGUUGGACGAUAUGCUAAAUAACUCAGUGGCUGAACAACAGCCGACGGGGCUCUCCCAACACGUUCAGGAAGAUCAUCCUGCCAAACCCCUUCCAGGAAAAAUCUCCCAUCCUGCCAAUGGAAAUGGCCGUCUUUCAGAUCCUUCUUUUCCCCGACCAAACUGCUUCAUGCCUGUCAAGAGCUGCUCAGCCCCACUGGUCAAAACGCCACCUAGAAAUGCAGUGUUGGAACGCUUCAAAGGCUUAGCGUUUCCCCAUUCUAAUGAAAUGAUGAAGGUAUUUCACAAAAAAUUUGGUCUUCAUCACUUCCGAACAAAUCAGUUGGAGGCCAUCAAUGCUGCUCUGCUGAAUGAAGAUUGUUUCAUCUUGAUGCCUACAGGAGGUGGCAAGAGCUUAUGCUAUCAGCUGCCCGCCUGCGUUUCUUCGGGAGUCACCAUUGUGAUCUCCCCCUUGAGGUCACUGAUAGUUGAUCAAGUUCAGAAGCUGACGUCCAUGGCCAUUCCAGCUACUUACCUGACGGGUGAUAGGACAGAUGCUGAGGCAUCCAGAAUCUACAUGCAGCUGUCAAAGAAGGAUCCCGUCACAAAGCUGCUCUAUGUCACUCCAGAGAAGGUCUCUCUGAGUGGUCGCCUGAUGUCUGUCCUGGAGAAUCUGUAUGAGCGGCAGCUGUUGGCCCGCUUUGUGAUUGACGAGGCGCACUGUGUCAGUCAGUGGGGCCAUGACUUUCGCCCAGACUACAAGCGACUGAACAUGCUUCGCAAAAAGUUCUGCUCCGUCCCUAUGAUGGCCCUUACGGCGACUGCCAACCCCAGGGUGCAAAAGGACAUCCUCAAUCAGCUGGAGAUGCGUCAGCCGCAAGUGUUUAGUAUGAGCUUCAACAGGCACAACUUGAAAUAUGAUGUUUUGCCCAAAAAGCCAAAAAGUAUCGCUUUGGACUGUUUACAGUGGAUCGGAAAAUACCACCCAUAUGACUCUGGGAUAAUCUACUGCCUGUCGCGGCACGAGUGCGAUUCGGUUGCCAGUGUCUUGCAGAAGGCAGGUGUGCUUGCACUUGCGUAUCAUGCUGGUCUCCCUGACAACACCAGGGAUCUUGUGCAGAAGAAGUGGAUUAACCAGGAUGGAUGUCAGGUGAUAUGCGCCACCAUUGCUUUCGGCAUGGGGAUUGAUAAGCCAGAUGUGCGCUUUGUCAUCCACGCCUCUCUCCCUAAAUCCAUUGAAGGCUACUAUCAGGAGUCGGGCCGGGCUGGGCGCGAUGGCGAAAUGUCCCACUGCCUGCUUUUUUACAGCUAUAGUGAUGUCACCAGACUGCGGAGGCUUAUUCUGAUGGAAAAAGAUCGGAACAGUCAUUCUCAACAGACUCAUUUCAACAAUCUCUACAGUAUGGUUCAUUACUGUGAGAAUGUAAUGGAGUGCCGGAGACUGCAGCUGCUAGCCUACUUCGGGGAAACCGACUUUAAUUCUAAGUAUUGUAAGCAACAUCCUGAAGUAAGUUGCGACAACUGCUGCAAAAAACAGGAUUAUAAAUUGAAGAAUGUGACUGAAGAAGUCAAAAACAUCAUUAGGUUUGUUCAACACCAUUGUGGUGAAAAGGGAGCCAGAAGUAUCACGAGAAAUGUGGGAAGAUACACGCUAAAUAUGAUGAUUGACAUUUUCUUAGGUACAAAAAGUGCCAAGAUUCAGUCAGGCAUAUUCGGAAAAGGAGCUGCUUACUCCCGCCAUAAUGCUGAGCGACUGUUUAGAAAGCUGGUCUUGGACAAGAUUCUGGAUGAAGAACUGUAUAUCACGGCAAACGACCAAGCAGUAGCCUAUGUCCAGAUAGGGGAGAAAGCACCGGCGGUACUGAAUGGCUCUUUGCAGGUGGAGUUCUGUGAAACGGACAGUGCCAGCAGCAUUCGCAAGCAGCGAGUUUCAGCAGCCGGCGUAUCCAAGCGGGAAGAGACGGUUAAGAAAUGCCUCUUGGAACUCACGGACGUUUGCAAAAAUCUUGGGAAACUGUAUGAUGUCCAUUACUUCAACAUUUUGAGCACCGCUACCCUUAAAAGAAUAGCAGAGACAUUGUCUUCAGACCCAGCUGUUCUGCUUCAGAUUGAUGGUGUUACAGAGGACAAACUAGAAAAGUAUGGAGCGGAAAUAAUUGAAGUGAUGCAGAAAUACUCUGAAUGGACACUGCCAGUAGAAGAGGAGCCAGCUCUGGGCGUGGAUGUUGAAAGAGAUCACAAUAAUGAUGAGGCAACAACAUGCACAACAUCUGGUUAUUUCCACAAUGGAGCCAACGUGGGAAGGAAGAGAAAAAAGCCACAAUUCUUCAGAGAAUCCAAAAAGAAGAAAACGGGCCCCAGAGGCUAUCAGGCUCAUUCUAAACGGAAGUCAGCCAGCUCCAAAGUUCCAAGCAUGACUGGAGGAAUUCACAAGAGACCGGGAAUUAUGGCUCCACCCAAGCCUCAAAGCAGGCAAUACCUGAAACCGUCGUACUCUUUUGUAUAAUGUCCCGCAAGCCCUCUUCAUUUGUACGUACAAUACUUUACGCCCGUUAGAAUUUUGAUCCGAUGUGUAUUUUCUUCUAUAGUACUCUUGUUUAAACAGUUUUAAAUACAUUUAUUUGUGCUUUAUUUUGAUCGACUUCUAGUAAAGGCAAUCGUGCGGCAUCCUGCGUUUAAAAUCCUUUGUUGGCACAGGUGGGCAAAAUGCAUUGUCGUGGCUAUUUUACUUUAUUUUAGAAAAGAGCUCUAAGAAAGCCUAGUACAUACUAAAAUGAGACAACUGUCCUAAAACUAGGCUCAAACUUUACAAAAGUUAAGGUAUAGGGUCUGAGUAUUGACCCAUGUGGGCAUGUUAUAUUUCUAUAAGUUACCGAAGUAGAGUUGAUGUUUUUAGCUGCUGCAGGCUGGGAACGCCUCCUUACCUUUGCCCCCAAUACAGGUAUGCUUGGAGGCUCAUUUCUGGUGAUUUAUGGUCACAAUGCUAUCCCAUAAUUUCUUUAAUUUCAGAGCAUGUUAAUUUAUGUCCUUUAUAUUCUACGGUCUGGUCAUUGUUUUCUAACAGUCAGCCACAAGGUGGCAUUGUACAAUACAAACCUUACCAUAAGGAACUCUGUUCCUUUUUUUAACUUCUAGAA